AUGGACCCACGGAGCAACCGAAAGCAGCAGCUCAAAUCCAGCACUACCUCAAGCAAGCCUGAGACAGGUCGCCCAGCAAAGACGAAACGGAAGGUUCAGGAUGAGGAGGACAAUGCUUCGGAGGCAAGCCAUGAAGAUGCCGAGGAGUCAGUCGAUGAAUCUGUUGGGGAGCCGGCUGGUGCCACAAAUGCGCCCAUGGAUGAUUCGGAGGAGGCUCAACUUUUCAGCAGGCUUGUGUGGGCGGUUUACGAGACUCGACCCUCCAAGCUCCAGCGGCGUGUCUUAGCCUACAUUGUUCAGAUGCGGAAAGCGCCAGCCCCCCAUGCCGAUGACUACAUUGCCUUUGUCAGAGCCACUUACCCGUCUGUCAAAGCGUCCGCCGUGGCAAAGGAAUGGGGGACGAUCAAGCAAUUCUUCAGUGGCGACGAUCAAGAACAGUACUCGACGAUUGCAGGACUGGCUAACGUGCCAGAAUUGGUGGCGGCCUUUAAGGUAGCCCCAACGCUGGAUGCACAGAUGGUCGAAAUCGCUUGUAUGCCACCACCAGUGGCAGUACCCCGCCCAACAUCGUCGUCGUCGUCAUCCGCAAGUUCUGGUCUGACACCGCGGGGCCGAUCACGCAGCAACAGCAACAGCAACAGCGGCAGCAACAGCAACGGUAAUAGCAGCGCCAAGCAUCUCUCGCCCACCCAGGUGGCGCUGAUGCAGGCGCUGUUCAAGGUGAACUUCGACCAGUUCCAGGGCAAGGAAUGGCUGUUGCCGUCGGGAGCCAUCUUUGACCGUGUGCUCUAUGAGACCAUCAAAGAUGUGCGGUACGAGUGCCCUUUGCACUCCUUCGUCCUUGAGAACCCUGCCGCUGUACUUGGUCUCUUCCCGGACGCCAGAGACCAAGACGAGCUCAAGAAGGUGCUUGUUGACCGGGCGGACGAGAAGCUGCCAGUAUUGUCCUCGGCCGAGAAGGCCCUCUUGGAGAUCUACAACAAGGAUCCCGAGGAACUGGAGGAGCUACUUGCCGAGAAAGGAUGGCGCGCUGUUGGCGCGUCCCUAGCCGAGAAACCGUCCGCCGACUUCCAGCGCCUUGUUUAUGAGUGUGUACAGCAGCUCCUGAAGGUGUACCGCGGGGAGCGAAUGGCCAUUCCCCAGGCGCCUCACGAGUCGUGGAUGGUCAACCGUCUGUGGGGCUUCCUCGCGGACGCAUUGCACAGCCCACAGCUCGUCGAAUUCCAGCCUGGAGAGUACCACUCUCAGGCCUCGAUGCAUCGGCGAAACUUGGGCCGUCCGCGUGACGUGCGUCAGUUCGUUGGCCACAAGGUCGACGGUGUGGCCAUCGCAGCGAUCAAGAAGCUCGAGUUGCUCGUCAUUGAGGCAGCCAAGAAGGACGAGGGCCCCAACGUUACAAAGGCGCUGGACGAUGGAAUGAAGCUUUGCAAGCUGACCAAAGACAUGCACGACCUCAUCCGUGGCAAGGCCAAGCACAACGUGCGCGAGCACCUUGUCACGUUUGGGAUUCAAAUCUCGGGGGAAACGGCCACUUUUUUCACCCUGCGACAGCGCCGUGGCAGAUUCUACCAACUCUGCCGCGAGGGCAGCGAAACGCUGCCAUCUGUCUGGGCCGACCAGGUCGGCACUCAGUGUGUCCUCGAGGUUCUUAUGAAGGUCCUCAUCAUCCGCAAGGCGCUCCUGUCCAUGGCCAAGGAUGUUGCUGCGUGCACGAUUGGCUCGAUUGGCGGUUCCGAUCCUGUUGACAGUGAUGCCGACUGGGUCCCGGCCACCAUCACAAGCCCGCAGCUCAUCCCCUCGUCUCCCCCUCUCUCCACCGGGCAGCCCCAUAAGCUGCGAUUUGAAUCAGACUUUGAGCCCGAGAAAGUGGUGUACUACAGCAGCCGCGGAUUCGAUGGUCAUGGAGACACGGAGUCGCCUUUUCUGGUCGACGACGAUGAACUUGGGCCAAGUACUCCCUCUGCAAGAUCGAAUGGAAAGCGAUCGACAGCAACGCGGGCUUCGUUUGACGCAACAGAGUCAACUACCGCUAGGGCAGAAUUUAUCCGUCCAACAGUGCCAGAGUACAAUCCCUACCGGCUCCCUGUCCCUUAUGGUCCCGCCUCUGCUUACCAGCCCGCGUAUGGUCCUGCCCCGUCUGCCAACCACUCCUCCUAUAUGCCUGCCCAUUCUGCCUACCACACCUCCUAUGGUUCCGCCUCUUCUGCUAACCAGCACGCCUAUGUACAGUCCUCGCCCGCCCGGUCAGUCUACCAGCCCUCCUCAGAGCGCGCCUUUUCAGGCUCCCCCUCCUCCUCUUCCUCCUCUUCCUACGUCUGGCCCACCGCGCUCCAAGCUUUGAAGUUGGUUCCCAUCCGAAAAAUCCUUUUUGGCCCAUCUGGAUCUACCGACAGCGACACCCUACUCAUCGACACCAAGAGGAUUCCCACCAACGCCGACAUCGAAUGUACCGACCCUGAUCCGUUGAGCGCCGAAGACACAGAACCCAUCGACAACGACGCUGAAAACCCCCUUCGCUCAAACUCUUCGGCAUUAUUCUGCUUUGAGAAGGGAUCGGACAAAUAUUAUUGCAAAAUCUUGAAAGAGGUCGAUAGCGCAACCACAGUUUGCAACAACGGGCAACGUACUGCCAGCGGGCGUCGUAAGCAUCUGAUGCGUAAACAUCCUGCCAUCUUGGCCGACAUCGAAUAUUUCCAGGAACGACAGCAGCGGGCUUCGCUUAUUCUCGAGAAUCUGAAACAGGACGCCUUACCACCGACACCAUCAAAGUCAAAGAGGUCCAAAACUGCACACAUCCUUAACACCAACACCGGCACUGCGUUUGAAUGGAGCGAGACACAACAGCAGAGCGCCGAGCACCAAUUGAUGAAACUCAUUUCGAUGGACGGCUUGCCUUUCCAUGUCGCGAUAUCAGCAAACUUGAAAGAGUUCUGCAGAAUUCUGAAUCCGCAGGUCGAUCACGACGGACGCCUGGACAUGUUCGACCAACAAGAAAAGUAUCUCGGCGUUACUUUCCUCUACAUGACACGAGAAUACAGGAUAUCGUCCGUGGUUAUCGGCAUGGAGCACCUCACGGAAUCCAAGAUAACUGCCCUAGUUCUCACAAGUGUCAUUAUGGUCUCUUACGAGCAAGGUUGUGGGCAUGACCAGGGAGCGAACAUCAUGAAGGGUCUCCAAGAAUGCGAGCAGAAUACUGGGGCGUAUUGGGUCGCCUGCACCGCUCACAAGAUGCAGCUCUGCAUUAAUAAGGCUUGGAGCGAGUCAAACCCUUUGGUGGAAAUCACUAACAGGUGUGUUGCCAUUGUCUCGUUCUUCAACAAUUCGGCUGCCAAGAAAGUAUUCAAUGGCAAAUGGGGCAAAUACCUCAUCGCCGCCCGCCGGGCCGAUGGUGUCUCUUUGCUCGCUCAAGUACCCACCCUAGACGCCGUGUCGCCCACUCCUGCUGAUGCCCAACUGCCUUCUGAUGAUGUCGAGUCGAUUGCCAAUCCUCAACCUUCUGUGCCCUCCUUCCGGUCUCUCAGAUACAAGCAGGGAGAGGUUACAUUCGUCUCCGCCAAUGCAACCCGUUGGAACUCAAAGCUGGCGAUGAUAUCGAGGUUCCUGGACAUCAGCCCUGUGUUAAGAACGACUUUCGAGGUGCUGUUCCCACUGGAUAAAAUCUCUGCGGAGGAGCGGGCCAAGUUCAAGACAAUCGAGAAGUUGCUACCUACGGACGACGAACUGGACCUGUUGAAAGAGACUGACCAACUCUUGACCCCUGCGGCGAAUUUCACACACUGGAUCGGAGGCUCAGGAUACUCAACCAUCUCGCAGGCUUGCAUCCAAGCUCAUGGCGUCCUUUCCAACCCGGCACAGUUCAAGACAGGGGCGGCGAUUUUGCUGUACGAGAAGCUCAAAACCCACAUUGAGUAUACUUGGUCUCUGGAUGAUAUUCCCGACGGCAUGCUGCUUGCCAUGUACCUCAAUCCUGCUUGUGCUACAUCAACUAUCUGGGAUCUUGACAACUCCCGUCAAGUUGCCGAACGAGACGCCCAGAUAGCUGCAGAAGAAGCUGCAGCCUCCCUCGCCGACCCCGCAUUAGGCCUUGCCCAAAAUUCCCGUCCAGAUAUUGCUGGAUUACCCUUCAAGCUACCACUGAAAUACCGUCUGCGCAUUUCAGUGGAGGGUCCAUUCACCCUUCCAGUCGAUUUUCCUCUCCAACUUCCACAAACGGAUGCCAAGACUCCGCCGACGAACAGACUGAGGGCAGAUACUCUUGCCUACAUGGAGCUUAUUCGACAUUAUGCCUACAAGGAAAUAGAAGGAAGGAGCAACCAUGGAACCAGCAAGCGUAGAGGCCAAGCCGACGAUUUUGCUGUCAUUCAGGACAGGGCCGUGAGCGCUCUAUGUGGCCUGAUCUCGUACAGAUCGAUUCUCAAUCCCACAAACGCCGACUCUAACAAGAAAUAUUUCAAGGACCCGCUAGCAAAACCAUUUGUCAAAGCUCCUCAGUUUGAAUAA